AUGUCGCCAGAGAUAGGAAGUUUAGAAAACGGACAGGAUAAAGGAACCAGUGGAAUUUCAGAGUUCACUGGGCACUUGAUGGACAAGCAGGCAGCAGGCCGCAGGCAGCGAUCUCUAGGACGACGAUCAAGUUUUUCGGUUUGUUCUCUCAAGUCCGAAGUCAUGGUACACCUCGCAUUCCUUGAAGCAGGUGUUUUGAGACGUUCUAGAGCAGGAGAUGGAACGUUCUGUCCCUGGUGCCAUGAUUUGCCCGACAGAAACAGUGUCUCCAUCGUUCUCGUCGCAAGCUCGCCAAUCGCCAACACAUCACACCGGGAAAACCGCCGUGUUUCGGAAGCCCAAUCGGGAGACGGAGAUGAAAGUAACGGAAAGUCUAGAUCUGUUGGGAGAACAUUGGGUAAAUGA